GCGGAAACAGUCGUGAGAUUAAAAAGCCUUGUCGGGAUGCAUUUCGUUCCAUCUUCCACACACUCACGAUCUGGCUUCCCCUCGACCAUCUCUGCAGCGUUGAUGAAAGCAGUGGGUCAAAUAACGGCUUUAACACUGGAGCUGUGAAAAACGAAAACGGGUGCUCCCGUCUGGUUGAAAGCACAGCAUCAUCUUGACCAGACAGCCCAGCGAUAAUUUGCUGCAUUCUCUCUAAAAGAAACAUUUUGUUUUGGGAGAGUGUAAUUUGAUACCACAUAAACGCUGCAGUCGCCAUCAGUCCCUCAUCAAAACAGAAUGGUGCAAAAUAUGAUCAGCGAAGUCACUGGAUUCCAUAACUCUUUCAAGGGCCAAAAUCCCUUUGAGACUGAUGAAUUCACAGAAAAUGGAUCCCUCCUUGAUUCCGACUUCAAUUUUGAGUCGUCGAAUAGACAUGAUAUUCCCUCCAGCCAACCUAUUGACAUCCCUGAUGCCAAGAAGAGAAAUAAGAAGAAAAAGCGUUGCAGGGCAACUGACAGCUUCUCUGGCCGAUUUGAAGAUGUCUACAGGCUGCAGGCAGAGGUUCUUGGAGAGGGGGCAUAUGCAAGAGUGCAGACCUGCAUCAACCUCAUUACCAAUAAAGAAUAUGCUGUGAAGAUCAUUGAGAAGAGACCUGGUCACAGCCGCAGUCGCGUCUUCAGGGAGGUGGAGAUGCUGUACCAGUGCCAGGGUCACAGAAACAUCCUGGAGCUGGUGGAGUUCUUCGAGGAGGAAGACAAGUUUUACUUGGUGUUUGAAAUGCUAAGAGGAGGUUCGGUCCUGGCUCACAUCCACAGGAGACAACACUUUAGCGAGCAGGAAGCCUGCGUUGUGGUGCAGGACAUCGCCAGCGCUCUGGACUUCCUGCAUAACAAAGGAAUGGCACAUAGAGAUCUGAAGCCGGAAAACAUCUUGUGUGAGCACGUGGACAAGAUCUCUCCUGUGAAGAUCUGUGACUUUGACCUGGGCAGUGGGAUCAAACUGAACAGCGACAGCUCACCCAUCUCCACCCCAGAGCUCCUCACUCCGUGUGGCUCAGCAGAGUACAUGGCCCCUGAGGUGGUGGAGGCCUUCAGUGAGGAGGCCACCAACUAUGACAAGCGCUGUGACCUGUGGAGCCUGGGGGUCAUCCUUUACAUCCUGCUGAGCGGCUACCCGCCCUUUGUGGGCCGCUGCGGCAGUGACUGUGGCUGGGAUAUGGGAGAACCAUGCCACACAUGCCAGAACACGUUGUUCGAGAGUAUCCAGGAAGGGAAGUAUGAGUUUCCUGAGAAGGACUGGGCUCACAUCUCCUCAAGUGCCAAAGACCUGAUCUCCAAACUGCUAGUUCGGGACGCCAAGAACCGCCUGAGUGCUGGCCAGGUUCUGCAGCACCCCUGGGUGCAGGGGGGCUUCUCUGACACUCUGCCAACAUCCAUCCUACAUCAAAGAAACAGUGCCAAGGACCUGACGUUCUUUGCUGGCAAGGCGGUGGCCAUGAACCGGCAAUUGGCUGAGCAGGCUGUGAUGGAGGAGCAGCAGCAGCUUGACGAGGCUCCCAUGGUCAUCACAGCCAGCUCCACCUCCAUGCGCCUCUCCCCUCCAUCCAACUCAAAGCUGGCCAAGCGCAGGCAGAGGGGCAGCCUCUUGAAGACUGGGCCCGUCUCUGCCUCCGAGCUCAGUCAGCUCCUCACCCCCCUCGUCAUCACAUCAUCAUGUGCCUAAACCACCACCUUUGCCCCCCCCCAACUCAGAUCUCUAGACGACUGCUCAGCCUGGCCGCUACCUGACCGCAGCUCUUCAGCCACACUGACUGCAGGCAUGUCCCCAUCAUUAACAGGAGACCGCUACCAUGCCUGCUGUCUGUUUCCUAACUGCCUUCUGCCCCACAACAGCACUUAUAAAGCACAUCAGCCAGGGCAUGCAUACACAUGCACAUCCAUGCUGCUGGGUCUGCUAGGGACUGGGAGGUGGAUGGGAGCGCUCUUCAAGUUCUGUUUUCAUUUCGUUACGUUUAAGGCAGAAAGUUUGAACCAAGCUCAGACACCAAAGGACUACCUGUUGUGCUGCUUUCACGUUAUAACUAGAUCAACUGUGACUUAAGUUUACCUGGAAUGUUCUCUUUGCCUGUAUGCAUGAAUGCCCCAUCAGCAGAUGCAUACAUGCUUAUGCAAUAGCCAAGAUGAUGUGGAGGGUUUCAGUGUAGAGUUCAGAAUGCUGGAAGCGGAUGCUGUUAGGUCCUGGUGUAGUCCAUUGUUUGGCUGGGACUUUCAAAGCUUUCAGAUUCUUUUGCAUUAUCUUAAUGGAUACAUUCCUCUUCAACUAAGCCUCCUCUGUAGAAAGUUAUGCCCACAGUACAAAACCUUGUGUCUGUGCACUUGAGCCUCUAGUACCAGAGAAUGUGUAUCUAUAACCAGCCCUUAUUACGCUGCAAUGUCUACCAAUUCAGUUUCAUAGAUUGGCAUAAUUCAUGCCAAACUAGCACUGGCCAUGCAUCAUUCAACAUCCAUUCCUCCUGAAUUUCUACGAUGCAGUAGGGGUUGAAUUACAUUUGUUUCGCCUGCCUCUGCAAGAGGCUUUAUGCACCAACCCAAAGUUCUUGGUGCAUGUAACUAAUUUGAUACCAGAUAGGUAUACUACAAGGCAGGAUAAAUAAAUUAGCCCACUAACUUGGAUUAAAAACCAGAAAUUACUUGAUUUCUUGUUCAUUAAGAAAGCUAAACAUAAUGUUUUUUGGAUUAGUCACUAACCAUGUUUCCAUCCAGACUUUUUAUGCAAUUUCUUUUUUUCCCCUUUUAAUUGCAUGUCUGAUAAAUGUCACGGCAGGCCUUACGGAAACGGCAAAUUUGUCAGUGAACUUUAACAAAUGUUUAAACAAAAUAUGAUAGAUAAGGUGAGAUUUGUCAGUACAAUUUAUUAUGUGAGGAAAUGGCGACGCAAAUGCCUUUUUAUGCGCAAAUAUUGAUAUAACAUAUUGUAGUAAACUUGGAGUCAUGCGAUAUGUUGUGGUCCGCCCACUACGACUCAAAGAAUGUCGUUUAUUAGGCUACAGAUGACAUAAAUUAACAUCACAAGGUGGCGAAAGCACAUUCAGUAAUUUUGAUUGCUCCUUUCCAAUAAAUAUCGAGGGUCUUAUUCUGGAAACAUGAUGAUCGUGCUUGGCUGCUUUUUGACACAUCUUGCUAUUUUGUCCAUAAUCUCAUGUAGGCUAUCCUACCAGCAUUGUAUCUGCAAGCUGUUGACUAGAGCACAUGUACCAAGACCAGUGGGCAUAUUUGCAAUACAACACCAUUUUUUAUUUUGUUGACAAAACCAUCAAUUGCAAAUGCGAUGGAAACUUGUAUUUGGUACAUGGGAAUUUAACCGCAAAAGUUAUUUGUAUGUGCACUACGUCAUCACGUACAGCAUUUUAUCCUCAACAGGUCAACUUGAUGGAAACCCAUCUCUGGAGAAAAUGCGCGUAUUUGUUUUUCUGCAAAGUUUCCGAAUAUUUACAUGAAAAUCUGUCGCUAAUUGGAUGGAAACCUAGCUAAUGAGACUUUCCAUUUCAAGCUUCUCUUUAAAAAAAAAAAAAAGUAAUUUCUGAACAUUUAGGCACGUUAGCUGGCUAACUCCUUGAUCCAGCUUAGUUGUAUACGCCGCCGACACUUCAAAGGGGUUUGCCUGACGCUACCCUGGUCAUUAGACCAUUUAGAUGUUCACAUCUAAUACAUUUUAAGUAAUUUGACUGCUGGUUAGUGUGAAGUAAUUCUAUGCCAUGGCUGUCAUAACCUGUCAAGCAUAGCAGGGUUAGAAAAGCACAUUUUGGCCGCUGUGACUUAGCUAUUGUAUUUGUUCCGAGAUCAGGUUUCAAAUCCAAUCAGGCUUUUCCGUUAACAGGGUAACCUGAUACUGUCCUCUAUAAUGUGACACACACCCUCUCAGAAUGCUUCUAAACUGCAUCAUAACUUUGCAUAAAACAUGGUGAAGGAGACUAUUGAGGAGAAAAAAUUAUUACAAAAUGGAAAAGCAUUCCGAAGAAAAAGUGUUCUGAUGCUAUGUAGCUGUAAUUAAUCAGUUAUUUUAAAAGUUUACUUUAUUUAUGUUUAACUCCAUGUCAAUGUUUAAAUGUGCCACUGAUAUUUUAGUUUUAUGUCGACCUGCAUGUGGCGUUCAGGUGGAACACCGGAUGUUUUUUCUAAAGUGUUGAAUGUACAAGAGGAUGUGAGAUGAGGAAAAGUAGUUUAAUUUUUUUUUUAUUGAACAUUUAUUUGUAUCUGGAGCGAAAUAAUUAAUGCCCAGUGAAGGCUUUUACUGUUUUGUAUGUGAAAGUGUUGGUAACUAUCUGUUUGGAAACAAGUUAGGCUCUUUCUGAAAUGUAACAAUUAUUUUACGGUGAUGGUCUCAAGACACUGUAGCCAUUUGCCAAAGAGGGUAAAAGUCAUGAAAACAAGUGUUUUGAUCUGAGGUUUCUCACAGGUUUUUGACACGAGCACGCAUUCUCAAGGAGUAAGAAACUACUAAACUCAUGAAUGUCCAUGUGUUGCCAGCACCGCAGUGUGGAACUCUUGGAGGGGGGGAGGAAUGACCCAUUAUGCUCAUAAUAGGACACUGAUUGUAAUCUUUUAAAGAAACCUUCUACCAAUGCAUCUUUGUGGGGGUUUUAUGUCUUAUAGUAAGACUUACUUGAAUGUGUAUGCAGCUGUUUUCUUUGUUUGUGAAACUACCUUGCUAUCAAGAAUCUGAACAAAAGCAUUAAGCUAAGUAAGGCGGUCUUUAGGGUUUUCAAAAUACAUAUUCAAUUCAGUUUCUACUUUUAAAAAAAAGUAUCUAAUGUUUUUCUCUACGUUUUGUUGGGAUUCUCAGAAAUGCACAAAGACUUGGGAAGUACUCUUUAGAUAUAAUUAAGGUAUGAGUUGCCUUCGUCAUAAUCAUUUCUACUUUUACCCAAUGCAGUAGUUUUGGACUGCCUUUUUAUUUGGAGAGAAUGAAUACAAGCUAUGCCUAGCUUUUUAAAUAUUUGUUUUUUUUAGCUUUUUGUAAGACCUUUUAUAAAGUCAACUGGAGAGCCAUAAUCCACUUCCCCACAAUUUGAAUGUAGCCCACCAGCAAUGCAUUUUUUUUACAUUCACAUUAAAUAUUUUUUUUUAUAAAUAGUUGCGUUUGAGGGAGGUAACAUGUAGAUUUGUUUUUCUACCAUGUGGUUAUGAUAUCCUCAAGCCUUGAGGCUUCUCUUGAGUGUUGUUGAUACUUGUUUUUAACCUCUCCCAGCCCAAAAAUAUUGAUGGGGAAAAAUGUUGGAAAGUACAUAUUACAUCAGACAAACAUUGAUUUUAAAUAAGCACUUUACUGUACCAUGUGACUGAUUUUGCAGUUCACGUAAAGCAACAUUUGACUGUUGCAGAAUUUUGUGUUUUUCUAAAGAUACAAUAAAAAUGCUUUGAACCA